UCACAGUCUAAAAUGGUCUGCUUAACUUAUUAUACUGUAAUCGCUCUACUUAUCGUCUACGUCAGCACUACUCCUACUGCUACAAAUACCGAAAAUUUUUCAAGGCAAGAACGUAGUGCUCUGAAGCGAAGGAUGAACCGGGAAAAAAGGCAAUUCGGCUGGGAUUCGGCAUAUCCUACUACCUAUGUAUACCAAACACCAUACGUCGGUUAUUAUGGGAGCUGGGGAUACCCGAUGAUGGGUGUAUAUUGA